CAAAGUGAAGUUUAUUAGACUACAUAUCCCAGAGGUCUUUGUAUCGAAAGUGAUGUCACCUGAUGAUAACGUAGAAGGGGAGGGUGUGCUAAUGUUUACAACAUUUCCUCAUCAAAACAUUAAUUUUUGGGAGUAUUUUUGCUAAGUUUUAUAUGCCAGCCAAGUGAUGGAACAUAUUGAAUGAACACGUCACGCUGACAGUGUCCCAAUGGAGUGGGUAUUCAUCAUGAACCGGAUGAGCUCUCAGGGUAGCUCUGCAGUGCAGCGGAGGCGGAUGGCCCUGGGGGUGGUGAUUCUGCUGCUGGUGGAUGUUAUCUGGGUUGUGUCUUCUGAGCUAACAACAUACAUUUUUAAGCAACAGGAGUACAACAAACCUUUCUUCAGCACAUUCACCAAGACAUCCAUGUUUGUGCUAUAUUUGCUGGGUUUUGCCCUGUGGCGGCCCUGGAGGCAACAGUGUACUGGCCGGCGCCAGCGCUCUGCAUUUUUUGCUGAUGCUGAGGCCUACUUUGCUCCCUGCACCACUGAAACCACUGUGAACAACUGCUUGAGUGAACCACUUUAUGUACCAGUAAAGUUUCAGGACAUACCCACUGAGCACGCCAAAUGUUUAAUCGGAGAUGCUUCCAAAAAACAUCGUGUCCGUUUUAGCAAUAUCAUAGAAGUGCGUCAAUUGCCUUCUACUCAAGCCUUAGAGGCAAAGCUGUCCCGCAUGUCCUACCCAGCUGCCAAAGACCAUGAGGCCAUGUUACGCACUGUGGGAAAACUAACCAUCACGGAUGUAGCCAAAAUCAGCUUCUUCUUCUGCUUUGUGUGGUUCUUGGCUAACCUGUCCUACCAAGAAGCCCUGUCUGACACGCAGGUUGCAAUAGUCAACAUUCUGUCAUCUACUUCAGGCCUCUUUACACUCAUCUUAGCAGCCAUCUUUCCUAGCAACAGCAGCGACCGUUUCACCCUGUCCAAACUUUUAGCCGUGGUUCUGAGUAUGGGAGGUGUUGCGCUUGUGAGUCUCUCCAGUAUGGACAGUCCAGAUGAGAACGGUGUUACAGGUUCUCUCUGGUCACUGGCGGGGGCAAUGCUGUAUGCUGUCUACAUAGUAAUGAUCAAGAGACGAGUGGAUCGGGAGGAUAAGCUUGACAUUCCAAUGUUCUUUGGGUUUGUGGGUCUGUUCAACCUGCUACUUUUGUGGCCUGGCUUCCUCCUGCUUCACUACACAGGCUUUGAGGCCUUCGAGCUUCCCAGUCAGCUUGUGUGGACAUACAUCCUCAUAAAUGGCCUUAUCGGAACUGUUCUCUCAGAGUUCCUCUGGCUCUGGGGCUGUUUCCUCACAUCAUCUCUGAUUGGGACUUUAGCAUUGAGCCUCACUAUUCCUCUGUCCAUUAUGGCAGAUAUUUACAUGCAGAAAGUCCAUUUUUCGUGGUUAUUUUUUGCGGGGGCAGUACCAGUCUUCCUUUCCUUCUUUAUUGCCACCCUGUUAUGUCACUACAAUAACUGGGACCCUGUCCUGGUUGGGCUGAGGAGGGUAUAUGCUUUUAUUUGUAGGAAACAUCGCAUUCAGAGGCUACCAGAAGACAGUGAGCAGUGCGAAAGCCUUAUUCCACUAAACACAGUCUCCCCCAGUGGCCACUGUGGAUUUGACACUGUUGACCUGACAAUCUGGAAAAUUGACGUACUUAUCCCAGUGCCUCCUAUUAAUUUUGUUUUUAUUUGUUUACAACAGUUUUUGAGAUAAGUCCUCUGUCGUUCAUUUUCUGCCAGCAAGACUGAGAUUCAGUCUUUAUUUUCAGUGUAAUGAAUCCUGAUGGUACAAGGUGUAGGGUAUCAUCAGUAUUUACAGCACUGUUACGUAACCAAAUAAAAUUGUACAUUUUACACUCAUUCGUAACACUAACAGAAAAGUAUGUCUGUGUUAAGUUCAUUUUUAGAGAGGAUUUUAAUUUAUGUCAGUGAAGUCCUGAAGACUGAUCUUGUCUGAAACUUUUGCUGCUUGUUUUACAGAGACAGUGCAUCAGUACAGAUGUCAAUCUGUGAAAACAAUACCUUGAGACUAGAACUAAAUCUGCAGUAUGUGCAACAUUGGCAUGAAUUUCAUGACCUAAAGCCUGAGAGUUGUACACUGUCAGAAAUUUUCUGUGGAAUUUCUAAGCAAAACUUUGGUUUAAAUGCACAGAUAUGCCUUUAUGAUAAGUCAGUCAACGUAACUUUGUUUUCAUGACCAGUCAGAAGCAUGGCCGAAUAUAUGCCCCUGCUCGGGCUCUUUUGGACCUCUUAAAAAUACUUUCCUUUAAAUUUAUCACACUAGUGAUUUGACAUAUUUCAACAUACAAAAACAAAAAAACUAAUCUUGAUGUUUCCUUUGUUUUAUAAACCCCAUAACUGACUACAGCUGAACAAGAACGUAUUGAAUCCUUCAUGUAAACAACUUGUUUGGUUUCUCUUUUUCACUGUCUGUGCUGGAUUUUACGGACGAUACAAAUGUCACUCUGCUGGAAUCAAUGGUUAACUUUUUAAAUCAUAACUGCUGCUGGUUUUAAUUGAAUCAUAAUGUCUUUAGUUUUAAAUGGAGAUGCUACCGUGUCAUUUUGGCUGUUUGUUAUUGGCUUUCUUUUCCUUCAGAUAAAAAGUUUGUUAUCUGUGUUUGAUGGUUCAUAAAACAGUAAGCACUUUCUCUUAGCAGCAGUUCUACUCAGAUAGUCCAGUAUGUUAACACAACAGUUAAAGGGGAAAUGUAAUUGUUUUUGCAUUCAUCUUAAGAAAAAGAAAAAAUUGUGCAUCACAGUUUUAAUUGCACUCAUGACUAACUGCCUGUUGGAAAUAUGAGAAGUUUCAAAAGGCUGAUUGAGAGCAAAUUAGCAAGUUCAGAUUUUUAAUUGAUAAAUAGAAAAUAGUUUGGCUCAUUGUAUGUUUUGGGACUUUUAAUUUUUUUUUAAAAAGAUUUUGUUGGCUCUAGUGGC